AUGAUUUAAUUUUGGCACCGGAUUUUUUGGAAUAUAUGCUGGCUGCCAAAAAGCUGUUGUUGGAAGAUAAAACACUCUGGUGCGUAUCAGCAUGGAAUGAUAAUGGAAAAGCGGAUGUCAUAGCGAAAAAUAAUUCGAUGCUUCAUCGAACUGACUUCUUCCCAGGUUUUUUUCAUCAAUCUUGCCCGUGUUCCGUCUAAAA